AUGGGAUUCUUUGACCCGCAGGGUCUGCUCGCCCCAUUUACCAUUCAUGGCCGGAUGCUAGUUCAGGAUUUGUGGCGCACAGGUUGCCAAUGGGACGAUGAAAUUGAUGACAGUAGUUUUGCUAAAUGGAAACGGUGGACCAGUUUGCUACCGGAAGUCAAUGCUAUUCGUAUCCCGCGUUGCUAUUUUAACUGUGCCUCAGCUGAUAGGCAAAUAGAGCUUCAUAUAUUUACGGACGCUAGUGAGUUUGCCUACGGUUGCGUUGCCUACUUUAGGACAAUUAAAAACGGCAAAGUUCAGUGUUCUCUGGUGAUGUCACGUUCGAAAGUGGCGCCAUUAAAGCGUCAAUCGAUUCCACGUCUCGAGCUUAUGGCGGCAGUGCUCGGAGCCAGAGCGAUGCACAGUAUUCAGUCGAGUCAUUCUUUCCCCAUUCAGCGAAGAUUUCUUUGGACCGAUUCUUCAACGGUACUUAGCUGGAUCCGUUCUGAGCAACACAACUAUAAGCAAUUUACGGCGUUUAGGAUUGGGGAAAUAGUGGAGUUGACGAGCGUAUCCGACUGGCGAUGGGUCAAGACGAAAUUCAACAUCGCUGACGUGCUUACUAAGUGGGGCAAAGGACCGCCGCUACAAUCGGAUGGACCAUGGUUUCAAGGGUCAGAACUUAUGUACCAACUCGAGCAGGACUGGCCGAGGCAGGUGCUACCAGCUCCGGGUACAAAGGAGGAGAUGAGAGCGUUUUCUCUUUUCCACGACGUUAACGUUCCAGAGCGUUUGAUGAACGUACAAAACGUUUCCCGCUGGCUUAAAUUGCUUCGUACGACAGCAACUGUAGGGCGAUUUAUCGAAAAUUGCCGGCGCAAGCGAGUAGGACUUCCAAUAUACACUUUAGUUGCUACUAUAGGCCAGCUGAAACUACUAAAAGGUGGAUACAAAUCUAUUCCAAUGCCGCUUACGCAAGAGGAACUGCAGAAAGCGGAGACAGUGCUUUGGAGACAAGUUCAAGCAGAAGCUUUUCCAGACGAAGUAAAAAUUUUGCUAAAAAACCGAAAUUGUAAACUCGGACAAUCUUCGAUUGAGCUUGAAAAAUCGAGUGAGAUUUUUAAACUUUCUCCAGUUUUAGACACCGAUGGUGUGAUACGGAUGAACGGCCGGUUGAAAAAGUCAGAAUUCGCUUCAUUCGACAUGAAAUUCACCGAGAUAAAACGAAUGAAACCGAACGGGUGCUUGGUAUAA